AAAAGAUAAAAGCUGAAAAUGCAACUGAAGUCAAAAUCAACCAGUUAAAACAUCUUAAACAAAAAAAAAGAGAGUUAGUAAAAGAAUAUACCAACUGUUACAAGACAUCUGCUCAAGCCAUAAAGAACCAACUCAGGACUGAUAAAAAAUGUGAUUGGUACAUCAAGGAGAAGUACAAUAAAGAUAAGACACUUAAUGAACACAAAGCCUUAAAUAUAUCUGAAGAAAAUUUUCAACAAAACAAAUUUAAUGUAAACCUUGAUAGUAUUGUAAAUAGACUUGCAACAUUAAAUAAAGGAACCAAUGACAAUUGGACAUUAAAUGUCCUGAGCAAAAUGAAAAAUAAGGAUAAUGUAACAUUGUAUAAAAUCAAGCACAUAGAAUAUGAAAGUCUUGGAAGGUUGGUAUUUUGUAGUUGGAUAAAUUAUUGGAAGCAAGAUGAUAAAAGAGUUAAUAGCACUAUAGAUGAAAAAAACAUACUUGUUGUGUUAAGGUUGAAAAAUGAAAAAUAG